CUUUAGAUUGCACCGAAUCUCUUCUCUUCUCUUUUCCUUUUCCCUGCGCUCAUCGUUUCCGUCGCAGACGAGGCGCACGCGCGUCCGAACCAACCCCACAGACGUACUAGUGCAUGUAUGAAGAAGAGGAGGCUUUUUGAAGCGUUGACUGCGGCGAUCUCGUGCCAAGGAGCCCGAACAGGUAGCGAGCGCAAUGAUGCUGAGCGACGACUUCACACCGGUUUGUUUACUGUGUGCUGAGACCCACGCCAACUUAGUGUGCUUUUCACACGCCACGGGAGGAUUCAGUCGUUGCGCAGACGACUCCUUACUAGUAGCAUAAUGCCUGUUGACCAAACGUGGCCAGUCUCCUUCCAAAGUCCUCAGACCAUCUUCAGGUGUCCAGUGCUUCACUAGCGCACUAAGCUCUCUGAGCCGCUGGGCCCGACCGCCCCCCCUCAGGCUUUGGCUGGCCGGCAUCCAGCGGAUUUGAUGCGCCGGCUUGUCUACUGCAAGGUGGUCUUGACCACCUCUUUAGUUUGGGUGCUGGUGGACGUCUUCUUGCUGCUGUACUUCAGCGAGUGUAACAAAUGUGACGACAGGAAGGAUGGCUCGCUGCUUCCUGCUCUCCGCGCCGUGAUAUCUCGUAGCCACGAGGGGCCCGGUGAGAUGGGAAAGUCUGUGAAUAUCCCCAAGGAGGACCACGAGAAGAUGAAGGAGCUUUUUAAGAUAAACCAGUUCAACCUGAUGGCCAGCGAUAUGAUUGCACUCAACAGGAGUUUGCCGGAUGUCCGCUUGGAUGGGUGUAAGACCAAGGUAUACCCAGACAACUUGCCAAACACCAGCAUCGUCAUCGUGUUUCACAACGAGGCAUGGAGUACGUUGCUGCGGACAGUUCACAGCGUCAUCAGUCGCUCUCCCAGACACUUAAUCGUGGAAAUCCUGCUCGUGGAUGACUUCAGUGAGCGAGACUUCUUGGGGAAAAAGCUGGAGGACUAUGUACAGACUCUUGAUGUUCCAGUGAAGAUCUUGAGGAUGGAGCAGCGUUCAGGUCUUAUCCGAGCCAGAUUAAGGGGGGCAGCUGCCACGAAAGGUCAGGUUAUCACUUUCCUGGAUGCCCACUGUGAGUGCACUGUGGGAUGGCUUGAACCCUUGCUCGCCCGCAUCAAAGAGGACAGGACAGCAGUGGUGUGCCCCAUCAUCGAUGUCAUCAGUGACGAGACCUUUGAAUACAUGGCAGGCUCAGAUAUGACCUAUGGCGGAUUCAACUGGAAGCUGAAUUUCCGCUGGUACCCCGUUCCCCAGCGGGAGAUGGAUCGGCGGAAGGGGGACAGAACGCUUCCUGUCAGGACCCCCACCAUGGCAGGAGGGCUCUUCUCCAUAGACAAAACGUACUUUGAAGAAAUAGGAAGCUAUGAUCCAGGGAUGGAUAUCUGGGGUGGAGAGAACUUGGAGAUAUCUUUCAGAAUCUGGCAGUGUGGCGGUUCCUUGGAGAUUGUCACGUGUUCCCAUGUUGGCCACGUGUUCCGGAAGGCUACUCCCUACAGCUUCCCCGGAGGAACGGGCCAAGUCAUCAACAAGAACAACAGACGGCUGGCAGAAGUCUGGAUGGACGAUUUCAAAGAUUUCUUCUAUAUCAUAUCACCAGGAGUGAUGCGAGUGAACUACGGGGACGUCUCUUCCCGCAAAGCCCUCCGCGGGGCCUUGAAGUGCAGACCCUUCUCCUGGUAUCUGGAGAACAUCUACCCGGACUCCCAGAUCCCGAGAAGAUAUUACUCGCUUGGUGAAAUCAGGAAUGUUGAGACCAACCAAUGUGUAGACAACAUGGGACGAAAGGAAAACGAGAAAGUCGGGUUCUUCAACUGCCACGGCAUGGGUGGAAACCAGGUGUUCUCAUACACGGCGGAUAAAGAAAUUCGCACAGACGACCUCUGUCUGGACGUGUCCCGCCUCAACGGGCCUGUCGUCAUGCUCAAGUGUCACCACAUGAAGGGCAAUCAGAUGUUUCAGUACGAUGCCGACAGACUCACCUUGCUGCAUGUGAACAGCAACCAGUGCUUGGACAUGCUGUUGGAGGAGGACAAGAUGGUCCCCACCUUGCGGGACUGCAACGGAAGCCGUUCCCAGCAAUGGCUGCUCCGCAACAUGACCCUGAGUCUCUGAUUCCUCUGCCAUUGUGUCGUCAUAUCACUCAGUCCCGAUUCUUCACGCCUUCAUCAGGUGGCGCCAGCCUUACUCCUCUUUUGCUAAUUGCCUCCGUCAUCAUAUAUAGAGGACCCUGUAGCACCUGGUCACCUUGCACUUUGGAGGAUUUUCCUUUUACAGGUUCAAGAGACGCUGCCCUUCAAGCUACAUAACAAGCCGCAGAACAGGCAAUUAAAUCUGCUGCUAGUUGUACAAACACUGCUAGAAAAACCUCUGCUUAGCUGCUAGACAUUGAAAAAAGGAGGAUCUGUGUUUCAGUGUGCAAGACUUUGAGUUCGCUGGUACGAUCCUUUCAACAACAUAAUCCUUGUUGAUGUACUGUAACAGUAAAUCAUCCUUCUUUCAUAUCAGUUAUUUGCAUCAAAAUGAAACUGUUAAUUGUCCAGGGACCAUUUUCCAAAAAAAAAAAAAAAUCUGCUAAUGCCAUAUGAGCUUAUAUUUUAUAUCUUUUUUUGAUGUGCAAAUAUACGUACAUAUAUUAACUUAAAAUUGUUAGGGUGUGAAGGUUUGUAAAAUGUUGGACUGCAAAGAAGUAACCGAGCCUUGUUGUAAUAAACCAACAGUCUCUAUUUGGGAGGCGCUGAUACCACCUUUUCAGAGUACAAGUACUUACAGUCCAGUACUGGCUGUUACCAAGUACCGAUACUUAAUAAUCUCAUAAGAUUUUGCGAUUGUGAUGAAAAAUGAUUUUUUUUUAACAUUGCAUAGGUUUCACUCAAACAUUUAAUAUCACUUUUCAGAGUAACAUUUUGUCAUUACUGACAUUUUAAUAUCCAAAUGUAUUUUUACUUUUAGUCUUAGCCACAGAUUUCCAUUUGUAGUUCUUAACUAAAACUGGCAGGAAAACUGAAAUGAUAAAUUUUUACACCUUUGGUUAUGUUUUGUUAUUUUGGACUAUGUUUUCAAAAGGUUUUAAUGAAGCAUGUUCUGUACAGUAUUAGUUAUAGAAUUGCCAGAGUUAUUCAAAUAAUGUUGAAGCGACCAAAGGAUCCGUAAUUGAUUUAAUGAGCCAUUCAUAGUUUCACUGUCCAGGACGUUGUGUCGUUACAUUUGCAUGCCUUAAUCUUUGAGGUUAUAUGGAUAUGUUACAGGUAAAAUCAACAAUGAUAAUUUGCAAGCGGCUAAAAUUGUCACCAUCCAAGUUCACCUUGAGUUGUCUCAACAUGGCUUACAUUGCUCCAACAUGAAGGCUGGUGAAUGUUUGUGGUGUUGAAGUAUCAUUUCUACAAUAUUGGCAGAUGUAAUAAUACUGCUAUUGGUGUAUCCCAAGGGUCUAAAACAAAAAACUAAAGAAGAGGGUGGAAACGGCCCAAAAUUCACAGGAGAAAUAGGGUGAAAACCUGUCCCAUCAGCUAUUGUAAAGAAACAAAAAGACAAUCUUGGUAACUGAUUGGGAGCUGAUUAUUAAUAACUUCCAGGUGCGUGCCUCUUUGUUCUUAAAGGGAAAAAGGAGAAACAAAAAGGUGAAAAAGGAGAAACAAAAAAGAAAAGUCAACUGACUCAGACAGAACUUUAGGGAAAAUGAUGUCUCUGGUUGAGUAUUUCCCAUGGCAACGGUUGAGUGACAUUUAAAAGUGGUGUUGCUAGGAGAUGCACUGUAAACAUUGUGGAACAUAUUGUAGAAAGGUGUUUUAUGAGCACACCGAAGCACAACUCUCAUCAAAAAGUCAGUAGUCUAUCAGCUGUCCUUAAGCAACCUUGAACAUUUUUCAACAGUCGUGUUGAUUCCUGCUAUUCGAAUACCUGUGUGCUUUUAAUUAUAGCGAGACGUCUACUUACGAACGUCUCUUGUAACGAACAAUUCAGGUUACGAAAGCCUCCUCAGAAAAAUAUUAUCUCUAGUUAUGAAGGAAAAUUCAGGACACGAAAGGAAUGAAUAGGCGCUACAUUCGGAAGACCCAAAUUCCACGGAACGUAAACAUCCUGUAUCUUCUUUUGUGUGGCGCAAUAGAACUUUUCUCCCAUUGGCUAUUGCCAUAGCAUCUUCCUGGCAUCCCAUUGGGUAGGAGGGACGUCAAUCUUGAGCUAUGAUGCUUGUCGCUUCCCUUGGACACUAGACUGUCCCCAAAUCACGCUAGCGCUGUCACGAGCUAGCACACAUUAGAAAAGUACAACUUUUUCAUUUGUGUCUUUUGCAAGUUCAUUCAUCUUUCUUCACGAUGGGCGCCAAGAAACUUUAGUGGAACUAAAUUGUGUGUGUGCAUACAUUUGUACGUAUGUUUACUCUCUGCUGUCAAAGUUUGUCGUCCUCCCUUCCCAAUGAUGCCUUUUGCUUAUCACUCACCCUUCUUUUCAUAUGGUCACCCAACACAAAGGUAAAUGAACAUAAUUUUUUUAUUAUUAUUUACAUUAUGUACUUUAAAUCCUUAUGGGGCAGCUUGGAACAGAUUAGGCUAUUUACAUGUAAAAAGUGCUUCUACUUACUACUACUUAGGAAACGUCACGUUAUGAAACGACUUCCAGAACAAAUUAAUUGCUUAAGUAGGGGUACCGCUGUUUUUUGAGGGUCUGUUGAAACAGUUGUAUUAUUGUAUCCCCCCCUGGAGAUAGACACAAUACAAAGCAUGUCAGUUUGAAAACUGAUGAAUACAGAUUCACAUUAUGCAUGGAAAAAAAAAAUCUAAAGUGCUUAUAUAUGACCUUUUUAGAGAUUGGAAGACUUCAACAACAUAAAAAAAGAAAACAUUUCAAGUGUCCAUUAUAAUUUUCAGACAAAGACAAAAGGAAUUGCCAUAUUUAAUCAUAGAGUGGCCUCAACUCUGCUAAUUAUGGUGUAUGUCCCAAAAUAAAUCCCGUUCUUUUCCCCCUCAGGAUAUUAAAAAUGGUGUAAACUGUAAUUACCACGUUCAUAGGCACUAUUAUUCUCACACGGACAUGAAAGACUUAACUACUCCUUUUCCCUUUGCUGCAAACCAAAAUGGCAGCAAAGCACAGGAACUCUGCCCGAUUAAUUCAAUUGCAAUUUCUGGACUCGACCUCCCUCUUGAGACCUUGCAUCACGUCAAAAUCGGUACUACGGCACUGAAGAUUUUAGAUGAAGAAUUACCAUUACAUAUGUGAAUGAAACUCAGUCAGUACAGCUUUUACUGUAAAAAAAAUAAAUAAUUGAAUUGAAAUUUAGAACGAAUUCCAACAUAUUUUCAGAUCGGGCAAUAAUCGUAAAAUGAAUAGUAAUCGUACCUGUGAAUGUGCCUUUUUGCAAUAUUUCUUUAUUCUUUUGGUAAAUUCCAUUAGAACCAAUUAGUAUUACAGUAUUUGUUUCACAAAACAAAGAUCUAAUGAACGAAUGCUGCUUAAAGACUGCAUCCCUGCUAAGUGCCUGUUUGGCAUUCAGACCAAGGCUCCCAUUCAUUGUUUGCUUUGUUUUUUUUUUUUAAAUUUGGUUCAAUGCAUGAUGUUAUAAUUGGGAUGUAUUUUUUCAGUGUACUGGUCCCUAAAUGAUGUUUCCUGUUUGUACAGUCUUCUUUUUUUUUUAGAUAAAAAUAAAAAGAUGAUUUAAAAAAAAAAAUUUUUAAGUGUCAAGGAAAGGAUCCUCUGUCCUUCCACAAAGAUUGUGCUUGUACAGCUACAAAAGCAGUGGAAUACCAAUAAUUGGUGUCUACUUCAAGUACCACUUACUGUACCUUUUGGUGACAGGAUGCACUGCCUCCUACCCUCUUGGCUAACAAGACAGAUUAAACACUGCAGUAUUUUCAA